CUCCUUUAGCUUGCUAUAUCAUUAAGAUUUUCUUUUCUCUUAUUGUAAAUUUAUUACGAGUAUAUGAUUUGUGAUUUUGUUUCUAUGUUACUUUAAUUUAUAACCCGUUGAUACUAGUUCUGUUUUAAUCCAAUUCUGUUUUAGAGUACACAAUAUAUUGGUAAUGGGAUUAUGGGAUUCAUGAUGAAUCCAUUCAUGAAUCUUGCGAAUCGAUUAUGAACUCAGUGGGUUUAAACGUGGAAGGGAAGCUUGGUUCAGUGGUCAGAACACGAGUCAACGACACUAGCCUUUCCAUAGUUUGGUGGUGAUAAUUUCUAAAAAAUUAUAGGGUUUCUGAAGGGAUGAACAAUCGCAACAACAAAAGAACAUCAGUUUCGUGGAGCAAUUGAUUGGAGUUAUUUUGAUGGAUGAUGUUGAGCUAGUAUUUUCUAGUGCAAACAUUGGCGAUGAGAUUCCCAGUAGUGGAACAAUGGGGAGUUACAUAGAUGAAAUAUUGAAUGGUAAUACUAGUACCUGUAACCAUUUGCAGACAACUGGAGGCUCCAGUGAAGAAAAGAGUGGUUACAAAUACAAUGACGAUUCUUCUGAUUGCGAAGAACAGAAAACAUUGAAAAAAGGAGGUAAUAAUAGAGAAGCUGUUCGCAAGUAUCGUCAGAAGAAGAAAGCAAAUGCAGCUUUAUUGGAGAACGAGGUUUUGAAAUUGAGCGCCUUGAAUGAGCAAUUGUUAAAGAGGUUAGAGAGACAGUCUGUGUUGGAAGCUGAGAUUGCAAGGCUUAAGUGUCUUCUUGUUGAUAUAAGAGGAAGAAUUGAAGGUGAGAUUGCUUCUUUUCCAUAUCAGAAAAACCACUACCAGCCCUGAUUCCUGAUAUUGCCAACUUUAGAGUCUGAGGUCUGCACCCAAAUCAGGAUCGUUUUAUUGUAGCACAUAGAAUUCGACCAAAUACUGGCAGUUCAUCUGGCGAUGAUUGGAGAAAAAGGUGAUAAGUUGGUAUCUUUUUCUUUUAUUAGGAAUCUUAUUUAUGUUAUUACAGUGUUUCUAAUGAUAGCUUAUAUACAUUGGCAAACUAAUUGGAUUGAUUUGUUCUGUACUGGAUUCAGACUGUUUUAAUAGUGCUAAAUAUUAUGUAUCACAAUCUUGGAUUUUGUUAUUACAAACUAUGCACUGUUUUGUCUUUA